ACCAAAUCGUCUGUAAAUCAUAGGGCCACAUAACGUCAGAUAUGUGAAGAUCGUGACCAUGUGCAGUAUUUCUACCGAGUCAACUAUGAUCAGUCAACAAAUACAAGCUUAGUACUUAGUAUACAUUUUUAAUACAUCUACGAAACAGCAGAAAGGUAUUGAACUUUGUAAUAUCUAUAAAAAAAGAAAAACAACUAUUCGAGUCUUUUACUUCUGAGUUUACGAGGAAAACGUCCAGGCACGUACGCAGAAUGACUAGAUGUGAAUACAUAUUGAUAUAUCUCAUUAUCACCUUUUCUUUUAUCUGCAAGUGUUAUUCAGGUCCAACAGACACAGUAACAGAUGAAACAGUGGAUACAACAAAGGACACAACAAUGAACACAACAACCUAUCAAACUUACACAUCAACAAAUACAACAACGCACAUAACAAUAGAUGCAAAAAUGACAACAGCAGACACAAUAACGGAUAUAUCAACGGAUACACCAACGAACACACCACCUGAGACUACGACACAUUUGACAACCGAUACAAUGGACACAGCAACAAACAAAACAAUGGAUAAGACAACAUACACAACAGUGAAUACAAUAACUGGAAACAACUACGUACAUGGGACAACAAACAAAACAACGACUACGGAUAAAGAUUCAACAACAGCCUCAGUAACAGAUGAAAUAGCAUAUACAACAACAGACGCAGCAGUGGACACAACAACCUAUCAAACUUACACAACGGAUACAACAACGCACAUAACAAUAGAUGCCAAAAUAACAACACCGGACACAAUAACGGACACACCAAUUGAGACAAAUUCAACAACAGACGCUAUAACAGAUGAAACAGUGGAUACAACAAAGGACAUAACAGUGAACACAACAACCUAUCAAACUAACACAUCAGAUACAACAACGCACAUAACAUUAGAUGCAAAAGUGACAACAUCAGACGCAAUAACGGACAUAACAUCGGAUACAACAACGAAUACAGCAACACCAAUUGAGACUACGACGGACACACAUUUAACGACCGAUAAAAUGGACACAGCAACUGACAAAGCAAUGUAUAUGACAACAGACACAACAGUGAAUACGUACGUACACGUACAUGACGAAACAACGACUACGGAUAAAGGUAAAGAUCCAACAAGUAAGAUGUGUGUAACAACUAACAAAGCUCAAGAUACACGCGGUUUCUUCAGGAAGGUAUUAGACUCCAAAAGAAAAGAGAUUUGCCUAAUGGAGAGAACUAUUUUUAACUCCAGCGUCGAAAGGACUGUGGACUGUGCCGACAAAUGCUUGUACAAUUCGCUUUGCGAAGGAUUUGUGGUCAUUACAAAUCUAGACAACGUACUCUGUGGUCUGCUUGGUGAAAACACCGUUGCAUCAACCAUCAUUCAACAAAAGUGUGUUACAUAUAGAAAAUAUUUGAUUGACUAAUAAUCAAUUAAUUAUAGGGUCUACAUAUACAAUAAAUGAAACCACAUGAAACUGGUGAUAAUUAAAGAUAAUCGUUAAUUAUCACCAAUGAAGUUUUUUUUUUCUCACAAGCCCAGGAUCCACUAAUUAGUGACACAAAAUGGCUCUGCCUGUUUUCGGAGUUACUCUCUUUUUUGUAUUGUGUUUCUCAAUGCUAAAGUCAUUAUCAUGUGAUUUAUAUACUGUACUAGUCCAUUUAUUGCCUAUUGCGCAAUGAUUUGAAAAAAGGUGUCCUAAUGGAAAAAUCCAAGAGUGUAUACAUUAUAGCUCUGCUGGUAGAUUUUCCGAAAGGGAAAUUGGAAGGUGUUGGGUUUAAAUCUCGAUUUUAUUAAAAAUAUUUAUCAUGUUUAAUGUAAUUACAUAUAUUUCUAAUUUUAAAAUGAAAUUUCUUCACCUACUUUAUGUAUACCUGGAUUCAGAAUAUAGUAAUAUAAGUAUUGUUAUUAAUGUACUUUUUCCUAAUCCCAAAUUUAUAAGUGUAUUUCAUAUGGCUUGCUUUUUGACAAUAAGUAUAUAUGAACUAUUUUGUUCCUAUAUUCGAGCAAAAUUUAUAUUAUUUUCCUAUAGUUAAAUUUGCAUUAUUGCUUUAUUUUCGACGUGGAUGACAAAUAGCAUUAACGUUCUUGCAUAUAAUAUUGUUUCUAAAGAAUAUGAGCUUUUCUGUUCUCUACUCGAUCAAGACGCCAUGAAAACUAACGUCACCCAACAAGGUUUGAGGUAUAAAAAAUAUCUUAUUGUCUAAUGAGCGA